CAGCAACAAUUAACAUUCUCACUCUUGUUGAAAAUUAAUGUUUUUAUCUCAAUUCGAUAGAUCCUAAUGUAUCGAACGGAAACAAAUGACAAGCUCGUUGCAACACAGAUAACUUCGACCUCUCGAACUGAUCGUUAGAACAACACGAAACAAAAGCAUCACGCCACUAAUGAACAGUAGAAUCACGCAACUUCCCGAUAAUUCUUAAUGCGAUGAAUUUAGAUAGAAAUAUGUUUCAUACCGGGUUCAAGUAUAAAUAAUGGAUUCUCCCAGUCCGGGUGACACCAUAAACAUGUUGAUUGUUGUAACUGUAACAUGUCUUUCUGUGAUAGCAGCACAAGGAACUUCGAAAAUAGAUGAUUUUCCAGAGGCGAGUAAGAAACCGACAUGGCUGACGUCGAAUGACAUAAAUGUCCUAGACAAGCCAGCGUACGCCCCGUCAAGGAGACAGUGGCUGCCCCGUCAGACGGCAUCUCACCCGGAGAUCGAAGCCAGCGACCCGAUCGGCUCUCCUUUCCCGUUAUUCCCCACGUUCCCAAGUUUCAACUUCCCAUCAUUUGUUCAACCGAUCUACGGCACUGGGAAUUACGGAUUACUUGUCAACAGAGUCGCUCGCCUGGAAGGCGAAAUCAAACUCCUGAAGCAGAAGAUCGUGUCCUUGGACAGAGUCUUGAACUGUGCCAACAUCACGUCGUCUCCGGGGUUUCGUCCUGCAUCUUCGUACGCCCCGAUACGGCCCCAAGGGUCCGCCCCUUUCUCGGGAGGUGGGUACGUCGUCUCAAGCCAGUCAGGGGGACCCGGACAAAGCAGCGGGGUCCUCGUCAGCAGCACGUACAACAACCAGGAAGGUUCUCAGGGCCAGGGCACGCUGACAGUUGAACACUUUGGCAACACCCCGAAAGUGUAGUGUGCAGUGACCGAAUCCAUCCAGAGAUAAUCAGUGCGAGAGAAAUUCUGUGGAUUGAAGUAUUCUGGGUUGUGACGCCUUUGAGGGACUCCCGGUCUUACGUAAUAAUAAUUAUGAUUGUGCGUGUUGUUACAACCGUUGCCAUGGUAAUGUUCUUACACGAUAAUUGUUGAUAAAAACAAUCCAAAAUAA